AUGGAACAGCUUAGUUUAGCCUCUCUCGGCGUCGUUGGCGAAUGGAUAUGGGGAGAUGAUGCCGAAACGACAGUCUUUGCCCAGGCGUUUGGCAUCAACAGGACAAUCAUCUUUCGAUUCAUCGCUGACAAAAGCCACCCGGAUUCCCUACCGUCUCGGAUCGUCAAUUGCUUCCACGACAGGAAUAUUUCGCAGCCUCAAGAAACGUUUCCUGGCCGAGUAGCCAUGCGAGCUACUCUCUGGUCGGCUGUUGCCGCUAUUUGGCUUGACUGUGCGCGGCUGGACGCAACAUCGCAACCGGAUACGAUCAUCAACGUGACCGAAGACGGAUCGUGGGAAGUUGUGACAGACUACUUAUUUGCUGACUAUCUUUCUCUUCUUCCCGAGCCGUCCGAUUUUGAAGCCCAGGGACUGACAAAGACUGUUGCGUUCCAAAACUUGACGCGGCUACAACAACUUGGAGGACGAGGGUGUACCACGUUGGUUCAUGAUUCCUCUACUCCAGAGGCGAAAAUGGUCUUCAAAGGCGUCGACUUUCGCACAUUUCUUUUCACGUACGAAUCCGGUCUUGUCAAGGAAGAGAUCACAUCGUUCAAGAGGUCGAUUGAACUUCUUUGUCAUAUGCCACCUCACCCCUACAUUCUUCCUGCGCCGCAGAUACUCGUCACAAUGACCGACAGAGAGCGAAAAUGUGAGUAUGUAUGUGGUUGCUUAUAUCCAUUCUACACGAAUGGGAACCUUGCGGACAAGAUUGAGGAGAGCAAUGGUACAGGCGUCAGAAUCCCUCUGCCUCUCAAGGCCAAGUGGUGCUACCAAAUGACGGCUGCUAUCGCUCACACGCACUACGAGGCGAAGACGUUCCACAUGGAUAUUAAGCCUGGCAAUUUUAUCUUGGACGACAACUCGAACGUGGUGCUGGUGGACUGGGAGCAGAACGACGCUCCUGUGACGACGGCAGCUCCCGAGAUGGACGGGACGUGGGAUGCGCAGGAAAUGUCAGAACGUCUCCCCGAUGGCUCUACGACCACAAGAGUCCUCUAUUCAAAGUAUCAAGGCCCUCCAAGGCGAAACAUGCCAGAAGAAACGCCCGGAAGCAAUGGGUGGAACGUGUGGAACUCGUUAUUGCACUGGCAAAAGACUUGCCCAAAGGCAGCAGAGUUGGCCGAAGUGUUCAGUCUCGGACGGACCAUGUGGAUGUUGCUCAGCCAAUACAGAAGCGAGGAUUUGGACGACGUUGAAAGCACAGAGGAUGUAGUCGAGGACUGGAGUGGCUCUGAUACUAUUCCCGCGAGCUACAAGACCUUGGUUGGGAGCUGUUUGGAGCGAGACCCGACGAAGCGCCCGGCGUUGGAGCAAGUCGAGAGGUUUUGGGCGACGGCGCUCCAAGACUUGGAGAAGCAGAGCCGAUAG